AUGCACCACCUCAGCCUUACUAUCUUCUUUGCCCUCUUUCUCCCCUUCACCUUGGUGCAAUUCUCCUCCUGUCUCCCCCUACCUGACCUCACAGCACUAACAGUCCUAUCACAGGUCCUCUCCGCUCCAUCAGAAGGCAUUUUGCCUGCGUUGGGCCCAACCAGCGAGAACACGGUCCUCGCAACCUUCAUUGGCUCCUACGGCGAUCAUGACUACAACCUCAACGGUACCGUCCAAGAAGUUAUGGCCCAACUCAAGGAGAUGCACCCUGGCGUGGAGCUUGAAAACGGCGAAGUGAUGGGUCUUGUUGCGCGGAACAAGAUCAAGCCUCCUCUCUGCGUUCCCGUAGCCGGCCAGGACUGGACGGCCGCAUUCAUGUCCCACAUCGAUGCAGGAAUCUUCUACCUCAACAACCUCCACACACGCCUGGGCAUUUCUGCAAAGUCCUGCUCGCGAAUUUCUUGUUCUUAUGAUUCGGCUAUCUACCUUUGCAACGACAAUGGUUAUUACAUCGCGCCCGCCAGUACAUAUAUUGCGAGCUACGCGCAGGACCUGGUUAACCUCUGUACUACUGGCAGCUUCGACAAGUUUCCGGACUAUAGGAAAACGGGGGGACAGGAGUUUGAUAGCGAUGGAUACAAUGUUAUUGUGAAGCAAGAUAGUUGCUAG